UUUCGAUGCAGGUGAAAAUUUGUUUGGCUUGGAUAAAACUUUUUUAUGUUUGCUGAUGUAAGUUUGCUCACUUUUUGCUAACUGAAUACCAAAUGAGAUAGCUGGCUGCCUUUUAUACCCACUUGACGUGAGGAGAUCAGGGAGAGGGAUAGAGACAGAGAUUGAGCGUUGUCUUAUCGCCAUGAGUAUAAGGUACACAUAUAUAUAUGUAAGUACAUACAUAUACAUAUAGCUAUCCGACCUCCAUGCUGUGAUGCCUCUAUUUUUAAAUGUUUCCAUGUAGGUAACCUCGUGCCAUUCUAGACUUUGUGAUGAAAUUCUAGAAGUUUACUUCUAGAAAAGUACAGUUCCAUUUUAUAUUAUUUCCCUUAUAUAUCUUCCUUUUUUAAUUAAGCCGAAGCUUACGGUUCAUUUUGGAGCUAUCCUCCAAACAGCUGAUCCAACAGCUGAUCAGUAUCAAGAGAACGAGAGAGCAGCCAAAAGUGUUGUGGUAUUUGUUAGUACCUCUAGAAAACGCAUACUACUUUAGAUAGCUCAGCUCUCUCGUUCACAUACACAACACGAGCCUCCAAGAGAGAAGAGCGAAUGAAUUUGUGAGACUGUGUGAGUGAUUGUUCGAGGAAACUGCACACUAGUGCAGUUUUCCUCUCAUUGGGUCUCAUGGAUAGACCGAGUGGGUUUGGGAAUUCAAAUGGGCAAAUCACUAACUCAGAAGCCGAAAUGCAGUGGAUGAGAAAGGAGUCCAACUAGGAAUAUGGACAUGGUAAUGGAAUAUCUUCUUGAUAUAUUGGAUAUGAAGAGAUUUUAAGUAAUUCAUUAAGUGUGAAAACCUCAUGUACACGAUUUCCCUUGGAAAAUAAUGGAUUUUACAAGUACAGUCUGGGCAUUAGGAAAUUCUUUGUAAUCUCACAAAAUGAAGUCCAAUACGAAAAUAUGUAUCAGUUUAUUAUACACAUUUUGUGGAAAUUUUCCAUCGGUUUCUGGGUUGUUUGACAAUAACAAAACAGUAUGAUGCAGUUGAGCGGAAAGGAAGAUUAAGUUGGUGCGAGAGGGAGGAAACACGCGCAAGGUAUUUGGCAGAGAGACAGAGAGGGGGAGUAUAAAGAGUGGGAAGCCGAGAGCGAACCGGGUUAGAUCAGCGAUACCCCAACGAGAACUCAAUGCAAUCGCCUUUGAAAUGUAGUGUUAUCGACAUCGGUCGAGACUUUGGCUAUAUAUUCUGCUACCGUCGCUGCAUUUCAUUUGAAGUUUCUACUUAAUAUAGAGCUCUACAAAAUUUUUUUAAAAUCAAGUAGCUAUGGCUAAAUUCAUAAGCGAGAUCUGUGGUCUCAUUGAUUCUUAUGGCGGUCGAGAGCUGUUGAUGGAGGCAUUGUGUCAAAGUACCAAGUUGGUGGCGGGAUACCAUGCCAACAAGAAUCCAGUUUUGUCCCAAAGAUGUGCCACCGUUAGCUCAAAGAUUGCAGGAGCCAAAGCCACUCUGCGCCUCAUCGAUGAUCUUCCAGUGUUUCAAUAUACUCUGAAUUACGGUUUGGGUGAAUGUGAACCUGAUCGUAUGACAGCCUUACUGGGUGUGAUGUCCAACGUGGUGGAUGUCAUCUUUUAUCCCAUCGAAACCAUUUGCUGGCUGGCCGAGCAUAAGGUUUUUGAUGUACGAAACAAGGACACAUGGAGAUAUGUGAAGACUAUAGUCUGUGUGAUCUCUGUGUACCUAAAUCUUGUAAGAACAUUGAGGUCUUUCUCGCUUAAUCGUGGCAACCUAAACCGGCAGGAUGUGGUGACCUUAGCUCGCAUCUCCCUUGAACUGGUUCACGCCAUCAGCAUUCUGCCCAUUGGUUACCUGUGGUCUGGAAAGCUCUCAACAUUUCAAUCGGGAUUUAUUGGAACCCUUUCCGCUGUACUGGGUAUCUAUCAGAUCUUGGCAAAAGGUAGACUGGCCAAGUAACAGUUUUUACCACUGUGGGCGAAUUUUUUGAAUGAAAUUCAAGAUUGUGGUUAUCGUACGUUUUGGUACGCUGAUAUGGAUAAGGAAUUUGUAUACCAUUUUAGUUAUUGCUAGAUUCUAAGGCCUAUAAUAAAUAUACACCGAAAAAAAAUAAAACUUUUUGUGCCUUAUGUUGGUGAACGGACUAAGCUGAUUAAACAUAAGAAAUGAUCUCCAGUGUCUAAAAAUUGUUGAUACUUAAUAGCUUAAGACUAGCUGUUAGAGGGUUAUUAAAAAAAUAUCGCCUUUUGAAUAUUAAACUAAAUAAUCAUAUUUUUAUUUACAAAAACUAUGAAUAAUGAACUAUUAGAAAGAGGGCGCCUAAAUGUUUGAAUACGAUUUGUAUUCAUUAUAUCGAUAAUUUAGCAGACGAUCAGACCCGGUUCGCUCUAUGUAAUCACUCUCCAUGUCUCUCUUUACUUUUCCCUUUCACUCACUCUUUUUAGCAAGAAACCGGUUCAUUUGCGCAAGGUUGUCUUCUCUCCCACACCAACACAAUCUUACACCCCGCUUGACUACACAUUUGAGUUUGUUGUUUACAAACAUCUGAGGACACGAUAAGCGACGAGGAAUGGAAAAUUACCACAAAA